AUGGACUUGAAGCUUACACAAUUUUGUGUCAAGGAUGAGACAGAAUGCAUUAUCCGAAACGUCAUGGCGUUGGAGCAGUUUCUGUAUCCAGAGUCUGCUUAUAUUUGCGAAUACUUUUUGUUGAUGGAUAAGCUUGUGGACACUGUGGAAGACGUGAAUUUGCUGAUUGACAGUGGAGUUCUUGUUAACAAGCUAGGCUGCAAUGAUACAGUGACGAACCUGAUUAGUCAACUUUGUGAGCAAAUUAUGGAUGAUGUAUCCUGCUAUGGUGGUCUCUGUGACCAGCUUAAUAAGCACUAUGGGAUCAGUUUUUUGGAACCGUCAUGUGGCAAUCUCCUGAAGCAAGUUUACUUCAAGGAUCUUUGGACGGCCAGUUCAACUAUACUUGGACUUUUUGUCCUGGUUUUCUCAAUCAUUGGAACUAUUAAAUCUCUCAAAUCAUAA